UAUGACAACGACAACGACUGAGGGACAUGACAAAUAUAGCAUACCGAGAAUGGAACAAAUGACGUGAACUGGCAUAAAUGGGGAGUGAUAGGUGAAUAGGGAGCAGCUGGGAAGAUUGACAACGCGCUCAGGUGAGGAGAUUGAAAUUAUUGCAGAUUGCAGAUGGGAAAAGUCAAAGAAUAUCUGGUGGAACGAAAACGAAAUAACAUAACUAACAGAGACAGGCUAUGACAAUAUGUGAAAACAUCCCUUUGGAAGUAAGAGGCGGUAUAGUCUUAUUUGUCUUAUGGACAAAGGAAUAACGAAGAAAAAAUUAUUUGAAAAAUAAGUACCCCAAAAAUCUUCAGUUCCCGUUCAUGUUAUUUGAAACACACUUGUAUAACAAAAAUUAAAAAGAAAUGGGCUCGUCCGGGAUUUGAACCCGGGACCUCUCGCACCCUAAGCGAGAAUCAUACCCCUAGACCAACGAGCCGAUGUUACUAUCCGAGAACAUUAUCAAUUUUAUACAUAAAACUCUAUAGGACAUACGCGUUUUUGUUUAAUUAUUGUUCAUCGUGUUUAAAUACUAAUUGUCAAAUACAAACCAACAAAUUCGGAAUUGAAAAGGAUUAAACGCACUUCUGAAUCAGCCGUGUGCUUCCUGACGUCACCUCCCGGCUGCAGAGGACGGCCUGCCGACGUGGCGGGCGGAAGAGGAGCAGCUGAGAAGCUGUCACAGAUCGGUUCAGAAUGUCCCAAGCCGUUCCCGAUGACACCCCGGUCCACCUCUCCGACCCCGACCCUGCCCUCCAUGACGAGGCACCCGGCAUCGAACCCACUGGACCCGAGGAGCACGGCAACACGGACCCGGCGGCCUCCGUGACCACAACACCCUUGUCCCCGGUGGCCCCUGAGGGCCCUGAGGUCCCUGAGGGCCCCCAGGCGCACGCUGCUGGGGGGGCCGGCGGCUCAGGGUCCGGUCCGGCUGAACCACACCCGUCGGAGCAGGACACCGAGGGGCUGCCGGUGGUGUGUGACCAGCCGGUGAGCCUGGAGCCAGACACCAGCGCCGCGCCGGAGACAGACGUGGAGAUCUCUCCUCAGGAUAAAGAGACAGGAUGGGGGGGCUGGGGGUCAUGGGGGAAGUCUCUACUGACCAGUGCCAGCUCCUCUGUGGGUCAGAGUCUGAGUUCGGUCAAGGAGAAGGCCGGAGGAGCUCUGCGCCUCCAUAGGACCUCUGUGGGGGAGGAGGUGCAGGAGGAGGGGAGGAGCGAGGGAGGAGGUGAAGAAGGGCAGGCUGAGGCCAGCGAGAGUCCCCCCCCCUCUGCUGCUGUAGCAAGCAGAGGAGUCUUCUCCACUCUCACACAUGCCGUGCAGAACACUGGUAAGACAGUGCUGAGCGGGGGUCUGGAUGCCUUAGAGUUUAUUGGAAAGAAGACGAUGACAGUUCUGGCCGAGAGCGACCCAGGAUUCAAGAAGACCAAAACUCUGAUGCAGAAAACGGUCUCUCUCAGCCAGAUGCUAAAGGAAGCCAAGGAGAAGGAGCGGGCCCGCCUGGGCUGCCAUCCAAUCAACGAGCCAACAGCCCACUACGGCAUCCUGUUUGACGACUUCCAGGGCCUCUCACACUUGGAGGCCCUUGAGAUCCUAUCUAAUGAGAGCGAAGCAAAGGUCCAAGCCUUCCUCUCUUCCCUGGAGGAAGUGGAGCUGGAGGUGCUGAAGAAGGAGCUAAUCGCCAUCAAGGACAUCUUCAUCAAACAGUAUGAAGAGGAGGAGGAGGAGGGGGGGGGAGAGGAGGAGGAGACCGAACAGGGAGACCGAGAGAAGUCCACGGAGGGAGCAGGAGAGGGGCAGAUGAAGGAUAACGGUGAACCUAGUUCCCAAAUACACUGUUCUCUCCCCCUGUCUGCGGACGGAGAGGAGUUUGUGAGUGUGCUCACCGAGCUGCUCUUUGACCUCCACGUUGCUGCCACACCAGACAAACUGAACAAGGCUAGGAUGAGGGCCCACGACUGGGUGAGAAAGGUGGAGGAGCCUGUCGCCACCGUUUGCUCAGAAACAGAGGGGCAGCCUGGAGGAGAGGCCACCACUGGAGGAAGGGCGGAGGAGAUGGAGGAAGGAGAGGUGGAGGAGGCAGCAGAUGGUGUGGAAAGGAAGGAGGCGACGAGCGGUGAUGCGGAGGGGACAGAGGAUGACUUCAGAUCCGUUGAGGCCGUGUACAUGUCGUCUAUAAGCAGCCUGGCAGAGGUCACCGCCCGCAGUAUCGAGCAGCUCCACAAGGUGGCAGAGCUGAUCCUCCACGGCCAGGACCUGGAGAAGCCAGCCAGGGAGCAGGCGCAGGUCCUCACAAGGUUGACCACCGCUAUGUCUAAUGAGGUCGGCUGUUUGGCCAAGAGGUUCUCUGACACACUGCUGACUGUCGGGGGCCAGAGGAAGGCGGAGGAGGUGAAUCCAUUACUAGACAGCGUGCUGCUGGAGGGCUCCAACAGCACCACCUACAUCCAGAAUGCACUGCAGCUGCUGCUGCCGGUCCUGCAGGUCUCCCACAUCCAGACCCAGCAGUCCAGACCAGGCCCAGAGCUGCCCGCACAGACCGGCCACUAACACUGAUGCAACCCUGUCUCUCACUAACACCCUCACACACACACACACACACACACACACACACACACACACACACACACACACACACACACCUGCACACAUACCUAUGCACACCCAUACAAAUCACUACCCCAAUACAAUGCUUCCCACUGCAGUAUGGUUUGUCUAAAUGUAACUUUUGUGUAAAAUAAGGAGUAGAUUAUUAUAAUGUAUUUAAAGUGAAGCCUGAAUUCAUAUGGAUUUCUUUCAAUGGUCUUUUACCUUGACGGUCCAAACCGGAUCACAUGCAGACCUUUUACAUUUUAUCUGCUUGAAGAAUAGGAGAAGGGAUUGAUAGGAUAGGUAAUGGUAAUUUCAUCUACUUGAGAGUUUAAGGAUAUAGGAUAGAAAGGAUAGGUAACAGUCAUUUCAUCUGCUUGAAAGUAUAAGGAUAUAAAGGAUAGGUAAUAAUCAUUUCAUCUACUUGGCAGUAUAAGGCUAUAAAGGAUAGGUAAUAAUAAUUUAAUCUGCUUGAGAGUAUAAGGAUAUAGGAUAAUUUGCAGUAAUUUCAUCUGCUUAAGAGUAUAAGGGUAAAGGAUUAUAAGGAUGAGUAAGUGCAAGAAGUAGAGUUCUGAAUAGAUUUAGAUAUUUCUUUGUAUUUAUUUAAAGACUCUUUGUCCCAAAAAGUUAUUUGUGAUUUUGUUUGACAACUGUACAGACGCUGUACAGUUGUAAAGAGGCCCUGCCAUUGAAAAGUUUCAGGAGAAUUGAACAAAACACUAAGUAGUAUACGUUAUAAAGUUUAUGACUGUUUUGUUUUGUUUUGGUGUGUGUGUGUGUGUGUGUGUGUGUGUGUGUGUGUGUGUGUGUGUGUGUGUGUGUGUGUGUGUGUGUGUGUGUGUGUGUGUGUGUGUGUGUGUGUGUGUGUGUGUGUGUGUGUGUGUGUGUGUCGGUCAUUUGACUCAAUGUGAUUCCAUUAAUACUAUAUAAUUAACAAGGUUUUGUUCAGGCUGUACAUGGGUCUUCCCAUUGUGUUAAGGAUGCCAGUGGAAUCUGUGGAAAAAUGGGUCUCUAGUGAUGUAUUGCAGUGCUGCUACUAUGCUAAACCAAAGGAGAAUCAAUUAUUCCAAUGCUAAAUUAGUUCUGGAAUCCAUUCAGCCUAGUCACUUAAUCGAAACAUGAUCUCAACGCUCCCCCAGCCUUGAACAAUAAAUUACACUUUUGCCAUUAAAGUAGGAAUUACAUAUGAAGUUACAAUGACAAAUUAACUUGAGUAUGGACACUAUUUCUCUGGUGUAAUGUUUAUUGUAAUCCUGUAAUGAAGUGCCCUUAGACUGAGAAUGGGUAAACCCAAAUAUAUUGCAUAAAUAAUCAA